CUGUUUUCUGCUUUCAGGGUCACAAAGCCGCCGACACACGACUACAGCUGUUUAGUGUUUAGCUGUUUGCAUUUUUGUAAUCUUACAGCUUUUCAAACUUUUUAUAUCUGUAUUUUCCAAUAUAUAGGCACACAUACAUGUUUUCUGACAUCCGUUUCUCGGAUCUACUGUGUAGUCUAUGUUGUGAUUAUCAGAGCAUUUUCAAUAGCCAAAGUUGUAGAAAUACCGCAUAGCAGAAAAGCAGAGUGGAUUUGGUGAUGUGAAAAAUUCCUUCUAAAAGCCGGUUUGUUUUGUCGUUUGUUCCAAUUCCCCACACGUAUUUAAAACUGUUAUUAGUUUUUGAACAAUCAAAUACUUUUUAGGAAUUAUUUGAAACAUCGAUGUGCUUUUAGUUUAGUAUUUUUUCUUCUGUCUAGAGAACGAAUAUCUUCACACACUUCAACAACAUAUUGACACCACCAUGACGCAGUGGCUUAUGACAGCUCUUCUUUUCUCUUCCAUUGUAAUGGGGGUUCCAAAUCCACAAACGGAUGAUAAGAAACCUCUGGGAAAGGACCACAGUGGUAAUCAGCACUUUGAUCAUGGACACCAUAACGCACAGUAUGACCAUGAGGCAUUCCUGGGAGAGGAGGCAAAAACAUUCGAUCAGCUGACGCCUGAGGAAAGUCAGCGAAGAUUAGGAUUAAUAGUGGAUAAGAUAGAUUUCGACAAGGAUGGAUAUGUAACUCUUGAAGAACUGAAAGACUGGAUUAAAAAGACUCAGCGAAGGUAUAUAACAGACGACGUGGAACGACAAUGGAAAACGCACAACCCUGACAACAAAGAAAAAGUGACCUGGGAAGAAUACAAGAAAAUGCUCUACGGGUUCAUGGAUGACAUGGACGCCAAUGAGCUGGAAAAAACGGAGACGGGAAUGCUGUCCUAUCAGCAGAUGCAGAACCGCGACCGACGCCGGUGGGCGACUGCUGACCAAGAUGGUGACGACGCCCUCAACAAGGUGGAGUUCCAGGCCUUCCUGCAUCCCGAGGAGACGCCCUACAUGCGCGACAUUGUCGUCGUCGAAACCAUGGAGGAUAUCGACAAAGACAAGGAUGGAAAGCUGUCGUUGGAAGAGUAUAUUGGGGACAUGUUUCACAGUGCAGAUGGAGAGGCGGAACCAGAGUGGGUGCAGAAUGAGAAAGAGCAGUUCAAGACCUAUCGAGACAAGGACGGAGAUGGUUUCAUGAACAUGGAAGAGGUGAAAAGCUGGAUAAUUCCACCGGACUUUGAUCACGCCGAGGCUGAGGCGCGGCACUUGAUCUACGAGAGUGACGAGGACGCCGAUGGCAAACUUACCAAAGAAGAAGUGCUCAGUAAGUACGACAUUUUUGUCGGAUCGCAGGCCACCGACUUUGGCGAGGCCUUAGCCAGGCACGACGAGUUCUGAUCGAAUUCAGAUCACGAUUCAAAAUUCGGAUUUUCAAAGUGGUCUACUUCAAAAGUUUGAAAAUCUGAGUUUGGAUUUUCAACUACAACGAAAAUCCACAAUCUGACAAUCGUCGCCAAGGUUUGUUCAUGAACGAGGUUUCAAAAAUCGUCAAAGUUUCAAAAAGUUGACAAAAAUGAUCAGAAGAAGAGAUGUACAGUGAAAAGAGAUGGGAAUAGAUUUACAAUCUUACAAUCUGAUAAUCGCCUUCAAGGUAUCUUCAAAAACGAGGUUUCAAAAAUCGUCGAAAGGUUCAAAAAGUAGAUAAAAAAAACUAUCGAAGGAAGAAUGUACAGUGAAAAGAGAUAGGAAUAGAUCUACAAUCUUACAAUCUGAUAAUCGCCUUCAAGGUAUUUUCAAAAACGAGGUAUCUACAAAAACUCCAAGGUAUCUUUCAAAAAUCUUCAUUGGUUCAAAAACUAGAAAGAAAACUAUCGAGAGAAGAGAUAAGGUGUACAGUAAAAAGAGACACUAAUAGGUCACAAUCUUACAAAUAGAAUGAUUGAGUGAAUUUGAUGAUGAAAAAGAGAGAAAAAAGUAGAUUAUUCACGUACAAAUAGAAUAAUCUAGUGAAUUUGAUAAUGAGAAAGGCAUGAAAGCAGAAUAAUUGUUUAGUUUGGAAGAGAAAAUAUGUUCCAAGGCUUGUUUAAUCGUAGAAAAAACACUGAAAUGUUUUGGGAGUUGAGUGACGAAAGGGUGUAAACUUAGUAGGUAGUCCAGUAAAAAUACAAUGAUCAAGUAAAUGAUUUGUAAGACAAGAGAAUGGAGUAAAAUAAUUUUUCUUUAGGGCUACUUUUAAUAUUAAUUAAAAUAUAAAUCUCAGAAUCCUUUUAAAUUAUUUUGUCACAACAGGCUUCGAUCAUUAAUGCCAUUUAAAGACUUGAGAUGUCCGAAAGAUGUUGUGACAAAAUAAUUUAAAAGGGUACUGAGAUUUAUAUUUUUAUUUAGAGUAAAAGAAUUGUUUGAGAUAUGGUUUAUAACAAGACAAAAAAUGAUCCAAAGUAUAGUUUGAAAGUGCAGCUAAGAAAGGAUAGGAAAAAUUCUCAUGUAGAAAAGAAUCUUCAAGUAAAAUAAUGCAAGGUAUAUUAGAUGAUCAUGACGGAAAUUAUUUAUUGAAUUUUGAGAGAAUCGAUAUGCAUGUGAGUAACAAGGAUAAAAUAUAAUAUCACUGUGUGUAGGUAUGAAAGAUAAAGUACAUGACGAGGAAGAAAAUAAAGUGGGAGCAAUGAUCAGAAAGUGAAAUGAGAGAAAAUAAGGUUUUAAAGUAAUUGGAAUAACGUUGAAAAUGAAACAAGACGAAGAACGAUGAUAACAAGAAAAUAUAAAGACGAAAGAUUGAUUGGAGAUUGAAAUACCAUUGAAGGAAAAAUAAUUAGUGGAGAUUACAAUCUUGAAGAGUGGUGAAGAAUGAUUCGAAGUUGCUGAAAAACGCAUAAAUUGUACAUAUAAUACUAAUUCAUUUGUAUAAUCUAUAUACUUUCUAAAUCUUGAUUUACUAUAAUAUAUUAUUAUGACUUCCAAUACUUUUGUAUAUUAGUCUAACAAUAUUUAUCAAAUAAUAUUUUGAAUGAUGGUUGGCUAGGAUACAUUAUCCUAAACACCUAGUGACUAAUUUGAUUAAACUCUACAGUUUUAUUGAGUAAAAUUUUUGAUAAUAAAUAUGAAAUGAAACUCAAUAAUUUUAUUGAAUACAAUUUUUUUCAAUGAAUAAAUUACUUGUCAGAAAUAGUAUGAUUAAUGUAAUGUGGUGAUUUGAUUUUAUAAAUAAAACUCUGAUACUAACUCAGAACUGUUGUGUUUCUGUUUUCUGAAACUGCAUGAAUUGGGUUAUGUUUAUCAUCAAAUAUGUUGUCAAAUCUUAUAUUUGGCUUUAUAUACUCAAAACUAAUUAUUAUCGGAGAAACUUGAAACUUGAUAAUAAUUAAUUAUGAGUUAAUGCACUAUAAAAUAGUAUAAGUUGAGACACUCUUAUAAGCAUAACAACUAUUUUAUGAUUGUGGAUAAAUAAAGUAGAAUGUUGAAAUAAUUAAAAUUAAAUUUGAUUAAGCAUAACUAGUUGUUAUGCUUAUAAGAGUGUCUCAACUUAUUUAUACUAUUUUUUAGUGCAUUAACUCAUAAUUAAUUAUUAUCAAGUUUCAAAUAUUGAACUUUUUUAACUACUCAGAUCAUAGCAGAUCUACUUAAUCACUGAUUUAAUAUCAAAUAAAAAAGCUGCUAUUGUUUUUUCCAAUAACAAACCAAUGAAUUUUAUUACCAAUUGGUUUUAUUGGGCUCCAAUAUUUUUUACUCUCAUAAUAAGGUAGCUUUUACGAAGAAAUUUAUUAUAUUGGAUUUAGAUGUACAUUGAGUGAAUUGAUAGUCGAAUAAAUCUAUAAAUUCCUUCAAUUAAAAUUGAAACUAUAUAAAGAGGAUAAAAUCUACUUAAGCGAAGAAAUAUUUAUGAAUCUCGUCAUUUGAUCUGCUUUAUUCAUUCAUAUUUUUUUUAAAUUUACUACUAUGUCUGUAUUUUAACAAAAAUAUCAAUCUCAAACGAUAACAAUUUUUUUCCUCAGGAUAAGUAUAAUCUUAAGUGUUCAAUGUCACUAUAGAUUAUUUUUGAAGGAAAAUUCAAUAUUUAAGAGAUGUCAUUAAUAUUUUUGACUUAUUAUUUUGUAAAAAAGAGAGAAUUAGUAUUUAUUGAAUUGAGCUACAUUUAAAAGUGCUGCUUAUAAUUGUUAGGAAUCUAUGAAUUUCAGUCUCAAAAAUAAAGAAUGAUUCAACAGGCUUCUAUCAAAAUAACUUUAUAUUUAUUAAUUUGUUAGAAAUUAUCAAGCUACUUGUUUAUUAAUUAUUAAUUUAACUAUAUUAGGUGCUAGGUAGAUAGAUAAUAAUGGUUAUUUUUAUAUAUUACUGUUUUAUGAUGGCCAGUAAUAGUACUAAAAAUGAUAACCGUGUGCUAUGAAAUAGAUUCGAAAGUAAAUAAUUAGCAGCUAGUAACUUAUUAUCCAUCUUGGUAUUUUUAUAUUUUUUAAAAAUUAUCAUAUCUUUUGUACUUAUUAACUUGAUAAAUGAUAUCGAGUUGAACUCAGAUUAUGCCAUUCAUUAUGUGAUAACAAUCCCAAUAUUCAACUAUUACUUUUAUUAGUAUUUUUUAUGUAUUGAUAAUUAAUUUAUACGCCAUGUUCUGUAGUUUGUACUAUGAAUGAUUAAAUUUAUUAAAAACA